AUGCCAAGCGACGGAAGCGAGACGUGCCUACCUGUACCCCCUCCUCGCCUCGCAGGUGCCUUAUCAGUAGUCCGCACUGAUAACGACGACGGCGAGAGAGCCACGAGCGAGACGCCGGUGGAGGGGCGUGAAUUCUCGUUCCUUUGGCAGACGCAGGCCCCCAGUCCCUCGCCCAUCGACGCCGGGCCUCCACCAGCCAUGAACUCAGGGUCGAUCUCGCCGAGCGUCCUGGAGAAGGCAGGGCUCGCUCGCUCCCUCGUGUUUCUAGGUCAGAAGAGGUCGCCGUCUUAUGUAACCGAGACCACGAAACUGCCCUCUGACUUGGCCGACGGAGAGGUUUUGGUUCGCGUGGAGCUGGCCACUAUCUGCGGCUCCGACUUGCACACGCUCAAGGGCCUACGGAAGCCGCCCUACCCAUGCGUCCUGGGUCACGAGGGCUGCGGCGAGGUGGUGGCGUCGCAGAGAGCGGAGGCGAAGGUGGGCGAGAGAGUGACGUGGGGCGUGUGUGCAUCUUGCAACAGCUGCUUUCUCUGUUCGCUCGGCCUGCAGAAUAAGUGCGUCUCUUUGUUAAAGUGCGGCCAAACACUCAUCUCUUCCGCCACCCUCUUCGGCACCUACACCACCCACGUGCUCUGUCGGCCUGGUACGCCCAUCGUCCCUCUCCCGCCCGUCCUCACGCCCAAACUAGCCGCCCCUAUUAACUGCGCCUUGGCCACGAUGGUCCACGCCCUCAGUAAGGUGCCGCCCACGCCCAAGGCAGGCCAACUCGGUGCCCAAGUGGCGAUGAUUCAGGGUGCAGGUAUGCUUGGUAUGUAUGGUGCAGCGUUAUUAAAGGAAGCAGGUUAUACUAAGGUCUUCUGUGUGGACAUAAACCGAUCAAGACUCAGCCGAGUUGUAGAAUUCGGUGGUAUUCCUGUCCAUCCCGAACACGAGGAGGAACUAGUGGAAUCUGACAGCGUUGACGUCGUCUUCGAAGUAUGCGGACACAAAAAUGUCAUACCUCAGGGAAUAAGGGCACUACGGACAGGAGGAACGUACGUGUUAGUGGGUCUCGUACAUCCGGACUCCAAUAUGGACGUCACAGCUUAUUCCAUUAUCCAAAAGUGUCUUACGAUUGUUGGCGUGCACAACUACACAGGUCAUCAUCUCAAAGACGCAGUGGCCUUCCUGACCCGCAACCACGACCGCUACCCGUUCAGUGCACUCAUUGGGCCCACGUACCCACUGUCUGAAUUCCGGAGCGCAGUUGAUGUAGCUAAUUCGGGCCAGUUCUUCCGUGUUGCCAUAAACCCGCACCAGUAAACCCUACAGCUCGUACAAGUGUUCGAGAGGUGUUUCAAGGUCCCCUUUGUGUGGUAACGAUGGCUCUCAGCUGUUCAGAGAUAGGUGAAUGAACUGAAAAUAAUGAUGAAUAGAUUUAUCUUUUUUUUUGGAAAAAAAUGGAAGUGUUGAUGUUAUUCUGAUGUUUAUAUAGAGAACAGCAAAUUUAGGAAGUCAAGUUAUGGAUACUUUGAUUUUUGUUAUCUUUGUUGUUGUUGUUGUUAUUGUUGUUGUAUAACUGAAUAUUUACGAUUCCUUGUAGUAAUGCGAAUCAUGGAGAGGACUCUGAGUGGAUUAGGGAAUUUAGAAUAUUUAAAACGAAGGAGAUGGAAUAAGUGUCAAUUAUCAAAUAUUACACAGACACAAGCUCACCUACAAACACACACACACACACACACACACACACACACACACACACACACACACACACACACACACACACACACACACACACACAAACAAACACACACACACACACACAGAAAAGAGAAACACAAAUUGAGAGAGAAACACCUUGUCUGUACAUAUGUGCUUAUAUAAAAAAUAUACCUUGUAAAAUGAGUACUUAUUUGUGUGUCAUAUUACAAUAAGGUCAACAGGUUAUAAAAUUCCACUCUGUUUUUCGUCCUAAAAUAGCUGUGCAUUAAAUGUUCAUGAUGUUCAUUAUUUCACUGUAUAAAAAAAUAUAUAUAUGAUACCAUUUGACACAAUGCUGUUAUUUGUCAGUGGAAAGGAAUGUAUUCUAUUUUGCAUUUUGUUAAUUAUGAAUUAAACAUUUUACUCUCUUUACUAUUAUCAACUUGGAUGCUAUUGUACUGACGCCAUUUUUAAAAGAUAUUAAAUGUCAUGUUUUCUUGGUGA